GAGGGUUCCCUGCCUGGCUGCGAUCGGCAUCGACCGCGGCAGGAAUCAUCAGCAACCGGAAAAAGGAAAGUUUAGGAAAGCAUCCAGCUAGACAGCUUUUUCGUUUUUCGUUGAGAAAACGUAGAGGGGAGAUCUUAAACUCUAGAUCUCGGUAACACUGUCGUUAAAUGGAAUUUCAGCACUGAUUUCCCGAGAAAGAACAUUUUCGGGUGCAUAGCCAGCCGCCUAGCUGGCUAGCUAGCUACACGGAUUACUAAGCGCCAUGACGUCGACGGUGACCCUGGAGGAUGCCCUGUCCAAUGUGGACCUGCUGGAGGAGCUGCCCCUCCCGGACCAGCAGCCUUGCAUCGAGCCGCUGCCCUCUUCCCUUGUUUACCAGCCCAACUUCAACACCAACUUCGAGGACCGGAAUGCCUUUGUGACGGGCAUCGCCCGAUACAUCGAGCAAGCUACCGUCCACUCCAGCAUGAAUGAGAUGCUGGAGGAGGGGCAGGAGUACGCCGUCAUGCUCUAUACCUGGAGAAGUUGCUCCCGGGCCAUCCCCCAGGUGAAAUGCAAUGAACAGCCCAACCGAGUGGAGAUCUAUGAGAAAACGGUCGAGGUUCUGGAGCCAGAGGUCACCAAGCUCAUGAACUUCAUGUACUUCCAGCGCACCGCCAUCGACCGCUUCUGCGGGGAGGUGCGCCGCCUGUGCCACGCCGAGCGGAGGAAGGACUUCGUGUCCGAGGCCUACCUGCUCACCCUCGGCAAGUUCAUCAACAUGUUCGCCGUGCUGGACGAGCUCAAGAACAUGAAGUGCAGCGUCAAGAAUGACCACUCCGCCUACAAGAGAGCCGCCCAGUUCCUCAGGAAGAUGUCCGAACCCCAGUCCAUCCAGGAGUCGCAGAACCUCUCCAUGUUCCUGGCCAACCACAAUAAAAUCACCCAGUCUCUGCAGCAGCAGCUGGAGGUCAUUAACGGUUACGACGAGCUCCUGGCCGACAUCGUGAACCUGUGUGUGGACUACUACGAGAACAAGAUGUACCUGACACCCAGCGAGAAGCACAUGCUGCUCAAAGUGAUGGGCUUCGGUUUGUACCUGAUGGAUGGAACCAAUAGCAACAUUUACAAACUGGAUGCCAAGAAGAGGAUAAACCUCACCAAGAUCGACAAGUUCUUCAAGCAACUGCAGGUGGUGCCGCUGUUCGGGGACAUGCAGAUCGAGCUGUCCCGCUACAUCAAGACCAGCGCCCACUUCGAGGAGAACAAGUCCAGGUGGUCCUGCACUUCCACCGGCAGCAGCCCCCAGUACAACAUCUGCGAGCAGAUGAUCCAGAUCCGGGAGGACCACAUGCGCUUCAUCUCCGAGCUUGCACGCUAUAGCAACAGUGAGGUGGUGACGGGGUCCGGGCGGCAGGAGGCCCAGAAGACCGACUCUGAGUACAGGAAGCUGUUCGACCUGGCCCUGCAGGGCCUGCAGCUGCUGUCCCAGUGGAGUGCCCACGUCAUGGAGGUGUACUCGUGGAAGCUGGUGCACCCGACAGACAAGUAUUCCAACAAGGAGUGCCCCGACAAUGCCGAGGAGUAUGAGAGAGCCACCAGGUACAACUACACCAGUGAGGAGAAGUUCGCCCUGGUCGAGGUGAUGGCCAUGAUCAAAGGCCUGCAGGUGCUGAUGGGCCGCAUGGAGAGCGUCUUCAACCACGCCAUCCGCCACACCAUCUACGCCGCCCUGCAGGACUUUGCCCAGAUCACCCUGCGCGAGCCGCUGCGGCAGGCCAUCAAGAAGAAGAAGAACGUCAUCCAGAGUGUCCUGCAGGCCAUCAGGAAGACCAUCUGCGACUGGGAGACGGGGCGAGAGCCCCACAAUGACCCCGCCCUCCGUGGAGAGAAGGACCCCAAGGGGGGAUUCGAUAUCAAAGUGCCACGGCGCGCCGUGGGGCCGUCCAGCACACAGCUCUACAUGGUGAGGACUAUGCUGGAGUCCCUCAUUGCUGACAAGAGCGGCUUCAAGAAGACACUCCGCAGCAGCCUGGAAGGACCCACCAUUUUGGAAAUUGAGAAGUUCCACCGGGAGUCCUUCUUCUACACACAUCUGCUGAAUUUCAGCGAGACCCUGCAGCAGUGCUGUGACCUAUCCCAGCUGUGGUUCCGGGAGUUCUUCCUGGAGCUCACCAUGGGCCGGCGGAUCCAGUUCCCCAUCGAGAUGUCCAUGCCCUGGAUCCUCACCGACCACAUCCUGGAGACCAAGGAGGCGUCCAUGAUGGAAUACGUGCUGUAUCCCCUGGACCUGUACAACGACAGCGCACACUACGCCCUGACCAAGUUCAAGAAGCAGUUCCUGUACGACGAGAUCGAGGCGGAGGUGAACCUGUGCUUUGACCAGUUUGUGUACAAGCUUGCCGACCAAAUAUUUGCCUACUACAAGAUUCUAGCCGGAAGCUUGCUCCUGGACAAACGCCUGCGAGCGGACUGCAAGAACCAGGGAGCCAACAUCCCCUGGCCUGCCACCAACAGAUACGAGACCCUGCUGAAGCAGAAACACGUGCAGCUCCUGGGCCGCUCCAUAGACCUGAAUCGCCUCAUCACCCAGCGAGUCUCUGCAGCCAUGUACAAAUCGCUAGAGCUGGCCAUCAACCGCUUUGAGAGCGAGGACCUGACCUCCAUCAUGGAACUGGACGGACUUCUGGAGAUCAACCGGAUGACCCACCGGCUGCUGGGGAAGUUCCUGACCCUGGACAGUUUCAACGCCAUGUUCCGUGAGGCCAACCACAACGUGUCGGCCCCCUACGGCAGGGUCACGUUGCACGUCUUCUGGGAGCUCAACUACGACUUCCUGCCCAACUACUGCUACAACGGCUCCACAAACAGGUUUGUGCGCACAGUGCUGCCCUUCUCCCAGGAGUUCCAGAGAGACAAGCCCCCCAACGCCCAGCCGCAGUACCUGUAUGGGUCGAAGGCCCUGAACCUGGCCUACAGCAGCAUAUUUGGCUUCUACCGGAACUUUGUGGGCCCGCCCCACAUCAAGGCCAUGUGCAGGCUGCUGGGAUACCAGGGCAUCGCCGUGGUGAUGGAGGAGCUGCUGAAGGUGGUCAAAAGCCUGCUCCAGGGCACCAUCAUGCAGUACGUUAAGACCCUGAUGGAGGUGAUGCCCAAGAUCUGCCGCCUGCCUCGCCACGAGUACGGCUCCCCAGGUAUCCUGGAGUUCUUCCACCACCAGCUCAAGGACAUUGUGGAGUACGCUGAGCUCAAAACGGUGUGUUUCCAGAACCUGCGGGAGGUGGGGAACGCUCUGCUUUUCUGCCUGCUGAGUGAGCAGAGCCUGUCUCAGGAAGAAGUGUGUGACCUGCUCCAUGCUGCGCCCUUCCAGAACAUCCUGCCCAGGGUCCAUGUCAAAGAGGGGGAGCGUCUGGACGCUAAGAUGAAGCGCUUGGAGAGCAAAUACACCUCCCUGCACCUCGUCCCACUGAUCGAGCGUCUGGGAACCCCUCAGCAAAUCGCCAUCGCCCGAGAGGGGGACCUGUUGACCAAAGAGCGGCUGUGUUGCGGCCUGUCCAUGUUCGAGGUCAUCCUGACGCGCGUGCAGGCUUUUCUGGACGACCCCAUCUGGCGCGGACCGCUGCCCAGCAAUGGCGUGAUGCACGUGGACGAGUGUGUGGAGUUCCACCGGCUGUGGAGCGCCAUGCAGUUCGUCUACUGCAUCCCCGUGGGGGCCCACGAGUUCACCGUGGAGCAGUGCUUCGGGGACGGGCUGCACUGGGCGGGCUGCAUGAUCAUCAGCCUCCUGGGCCAGCAGCGGCGCUUCGACAUCCUGGACUUCUGCUACCACCUGCUGAAGGUGCAGAAGCACGACGGCAAGGACGAGAUCAUCAAGAGCGUGCCUCUGAAGAAGAUGGUGGACCGCAUCCGCAAGUUCCAGAUGCUGAACGAUGAGAUAUUCGCCAUCCUCAACAAGUACCUGAAGUCUGGGGAUGGGGAGAGCCUACCGGUAGAGCACGUACGUUGCUUCCAGCCACCCAUCCACCAAUCCCUGGCCAGCAACUGAGGCUCCGGUGACACCAUCCUCUAAUCCUUGGACAGUUGCUGAGAUAUCAAACACUGAGUUUAUAAUAGCCUGAUGUGGCUGCAGCUUCAAGCCCCUCUAUUUUUCUAGUCAGUGAUCAGAUACUAUGUGCCAUCUUUGAUUAUCAACGGAACAGCAGUGUAAAGAAUUUCAUUGUAUCAUUCCAUAGAAUCUGGAGGCAAGAGCUGAAUUAACAUGUGCCUUACUAAAAAAAAGUGAAUAGUAACUAUCGUUUAAAUAUUUUUAUUCUAUUACUACCACACUCAUUUUUUGUUUUAUACUUAGAUAUCUUAAAGAAUUGGUGGGGGAGAACUAAAUGAAUGUGGGUUUUUAUUAAAUGGCUAUUUAAGGUUUCUGUAGUGGGAAAGUAUCCAGAAUAUCAGAUAAAAUGGGACUGCCAGUAGAGAACAUUUUCUUCAUGGUGUUAAAUUUUCAUGCUACUUUUUUUUCCCUAAAAAUCAAGCUUAAAUCAACAUGAAUUUGUGAAUUUAACCAUGUUUUUACUCAUUUAUUGCAUUUUGACCGUUUAAGUGUAAUCUCAUUUGAAUAAAAGAAAUCACCAUCA